AUGGAGGAACGUUCAUCAAGCUCAGACGAGAGUGAUGCUAAAUUCCUUCACCUUUUAGCCGAUGAUUUUUCUGGUCUUUCUUUAACCGAUGAAGAAGUCGCUAUUUUACGUUCCCAUCUUCCCUAUCGAAAGAGUUCGCAUAGCUCAAAUAAUGACCACAGUCAAACGGAGUCAGAAUCUAAUGUAGAAGAGAAGACACUUUCUAAACCUUUUCACCACGAAGAAGAAACUGAAACAAGUUCACAGGAGCAUCAUAGACAAUUUGAUCAAUUUAUAUCCUCACCAUUAUCAGCAAAGAUUUCUUCUACGCCGAACAAACAGGCUCAAAACAACGCUCCUUUGACCCCCUUAUCCUUGAUUUCAAAGGGGAUCUCUUUAAAUAGUGACGAUGAAACCGAUACGGACGAACAGCUAUCCCCAGUUCUUACGGCAAAGAAAGCUUAUGGGGAAUCAAAUUAUCCUUCAACGUUGUAUCAAUCAGAUGAGGAUUCUUCUAAUGAAUCAUUACCUCGUGAACAAGUAGUGCUUAGCGACGAUUUGGAACACGAGAGUCAUCAGAAGCCCGGGUACCUUACUCCUAUUAAAGAGGAAAGUUCCUCGGCGUAUUCGUCACGAAUACCAGAUACUACGGUUUUGAGUAGAAAAAUAUCUGACAUAUCGAUACCUGCAUCUGCAAUGAAAGAAAUGGAAGAAAAAAAGAGUGUUUUAAGUAAAGAGUUUCGAGACGCACCACCAGGAGCCUCUUUGACAUUGAAGGAACAAGCAAAUGUUAUAGAUAAUCUUCGUAAGGAAGCAUUUGGCCUGAAACUGAAAUGCUUUUUCCUAUACGAUCAACUAAACAAAUUUCACGACUCGGAGGUUCAAGAUAUAAUGAAACAAAAUAUAGAUCUAAAAACUGUUACGUUGCAAUUGCAGCGUGCAGUGGCUACUUAUGAAAAAAAGAUAGCUUCAUAUGAAAAAAAGCCCUCUACUGAUUCGUCAGAUGCUCUGCAGUCGAAAUUCUUUCAUUUAAAACAAAAAUAUUCAGAAACUCUUUCUGAAUUACAAUCCACGAAAAAGGCACUAAUUAAAGCUGAAAACGAACGGCGGACACCAUCGAAUCCUACGUAUGACCCGUAUCAUGGUAAUGAGAAGGAUACUCUUUCUUCUCUGCUAGAAAGUGAGCGUCGUGAAAAAGAAACUCUGUUACAGGAAGUUGACUCUUUGCGUAGUUUGCUUGCUCAAAAAAGUCAGAUUCAACCUCGAACACCCGACGAGAGGGUUAUACAAAGUCUACAACGUACUAAUGAUCUUUUAAGGAAAGAUCUUGGAGCGCAGAACGAAGCCUUUUUAUUUCAAAUGGAAGAAAAAAACAAACUUAUACAAGAAAUGGAAGAGCUUCGGAGCGAGCUUGAUGCAGCAAAGUUAAAUACAAUUGCUGAAGCUGAAGCAAGUAAAAAUGAGAUUUGGGAUUUAAUGAUGACUUGCAAGAUGAAAACGCAAGAACAAGCGGUUGAACUCAGCCAACUUUAUAAGCAGCUGGAGGAAAUCGAGUAUGAUUGUGAAAAUAAACUCGUUAAAAUGGAGCAACAAUGGAAAGAUGAUGUAGAUCAAUUACAGCAAUACGUGGAGGAACUUACUCAAGAUCUGCAUACAGCAAAAAGCGAAUUGACCAAAUCCGUCAAUGACUCUCAUGCUUAUGAGCAAGCUCUGAAUGAUCUAAAAAGGGAUACCGAAGCAGAAAUCAACCAUUUUGAUAAAACAAUACGUGAAAAUGAAGAAAGUAUUGGGCUGUUCAAAGAAGAAGUUGAGAAACUGACAGACGAGCUCUCAAAUCUUUCUAAAAGCUAUCAUGAAAAAUCUGAUAGAUUGAAGGAAUCCGAAAGCAAAGUCGCUGAAUUAUGUCAAAAGCUAGAAGACUCAAAUACACUGUCUACAGAAAUAAACUCUCUAAAUAGUCAAUUGGAAAAUUCCAAUAAACUAUGGCAAUCAGCCACUGAUGAAAACGGUUCAUUGAAGGAAAAAAUAGAGUCCAUGUAUACUGAAAUUGAGAGUUUAAAAAAUCACAAUUUGGAAUCGAGCCAAAAGGAAAGUGAAUUGCAGAAGCGUGUUGAGGAACUAACAACGGAGAUCAAUAGGUUGAAACAUUCACAAGAAGAUGAAAGUAAAGCAAUCCAUACUUUAUCUACCCAAUUAGAAGAAAAGAAGCGUGAAUUGAGUACAGUUGCCCAAGAAAAGGCAACAGUUCUGAAAAAUCUCGAAGCACUAGAAAACCGUUAUACUGUUUUGCAAAAUAGCUAUUCUUCUCUUCAAAGUGCUAUUUUAGAAACCUUUGACAAAAAGGUUGAGCAUUGUUCCGCUGAGUUGCUUGUUCGACAAGUGCAAAAACUAAAGGAUGAAGGCAACCGAUUGAACUCUGAGAUGGAAAAAUCUACUCGACAAUUCAACAGAAACGAACAAAUAAUUAAAGAGAGGGAAGCUUCUAUGGAGUCAAUUCAGUUAGAGAAAAAAGAACUAAAAGCCUUGCUUGAAUCAGAACGCCGGUCAAAGAAAGUAAUGCAAUCUGAACUGGAUGCAUUGAGCUUGCAAAAUACUCGUCGAAGUCUCAGCAAUUCUUCGAGUCCUUCUGAUCGGUCUCAAUCUAGGGAAUUUAAACUUCUGCAGAAUUCCGAAAAACGCUUAAAAGACCAAAUAGAAGAAAGGAACAAUCUCAUUAAGACAGUUAUCAGCCGCUUGAUACAACUAUCUUCGACUAAUAUAAUUAGUGGAAGUAGUGGGCCUGAUGCUUUAACGACGUUUUCUGGUAUGAGCCAGGUAAUGCAUGGUCAGCUUAAGGAGUUGGAAAAAUUCGUUCAAGGAUUUAAAAGGAAGUGUAAAACUAUGGAACGAGACUUUAAAGUUGAAAUCGGUAAACUUGAUACUAGCCUGGAGGCUCGAAGCAAGAAGCUUAGUCAAUUGGAAGAACGUUUUCGACUGAUGAAUGUUUCAACUUUAGGCCCUAGACCAGCCUCUCCCAUGUCUUCAAGAAGGGCAAUUACUACUUCAGAGCAACCAGAUAGCAAAAAGUCCUCGCCUGACAGGUCAGCAGUACAACGUGGCAUCACCGCGUUGAAACGCGACGCUGAAGGGAUGAGUCAUAUUUGGCAAUUGAGGUUACGAGAAAUGGAAUUUCAACUCAAAGCUGAGCAAGAAGGCCGCAAACGUGAUAAAGUAGGCGCUCGAGAACGUCUUCAAGAUUUGGUCAAGCAAAAUCGAAGUCUUUCACAACAAAUCACGUUUGAUAAAAAUUCACAACGUACUAAUUCAGUUUCGUCGCACGACGCAGAUGCAUAA